AUGGUUUCCUUUCUUGCUCUAGGGUUUUCGACAAUCGUCGCAGGUGCAGCUAUCCAGCAACGCGAUGCUGUUCCAGCUGGAUAUGUUGCGGCACCUUACUACCCGUCUCCGCAUGGAGGAUGGACAUCCGACUGGACUGAGAGCUACCGAAAAGCUUCUUUGCUUGUCUCGAAUAUGACGCUUGCUGAGAAGACCAAUCUCACAGCCGGCAGUGGAAUCUUCAUGGGGAGAUGCGUGGGAAAUACAGGCAGCGCAUUGAGAGUCGGCAUCCCUCAACUGUGCUUGCAAGAUGGGCCUCUAGGUGUAAGGAACACGGACCAUAAUACUGCAUUUCCUGCCGGAAUUACCGUUGGAGCCACAUGGGACAAGGAUCUUCUUUACCGCCGUGGAGUUGCGAUCGGUGAAGAGUUCCGUGGCAAGGGAGUCAACGUACACCUCGGACCUUCAGUCGGACCCCUAGGUCGCAAACCACGUGGCGGUAGAAACUGGGAAGGUUUUGGCUCAGAUCCUGUUCUUCAGGCGUUUGGCGGAGCUCUUUCCAUUGAAGGCAUUCAGAGCACUGGUGUCAUAGCCACAAUCAAGCAUUUGAUUGCGAACGAACAGGAAGAGUACCGCAUGUACAACCUGGUCAAACCUGGUAUCUCUUCCAAUCUGGACGAUCGCACUCUUCAUGAGCUCUAUCUUUGGCCGUUCGCUGAGGGCGUACGUUCCGGCGUUGGUUCGGUGAUGAUCGCUUACAACGCUGUUAAUGGAAGCGCAUGCUCACAGAACAGCUACUUGAUCAACGGCAUCCUGAAGGACGAGCUUGGCUUCCAAGGCUUUGUCAUGUCUGACUGGUUGGCUCAAAUCUCCGGCAUUCCUUCAGCUCUCGCAGGUUUAGACAUGUCGAUGCCUGGCGACAUCCACACCAUUCCUCUUUUCGGAAACUCUUAUUGGAUGUACGAGCAGACACGUUCAGUUCUCAACGGGUCUCUGCCGUUGGACCGCUUGAAUGAUGCCGUGACACGAAUUCUUGCUGCCUACUUCAAGAUGGGCCAGGACCAGGGGUACCCACGACCAAACUUCGAUACUAACACUCAAAAUGCCGAAGGCCCUCUCUACCCUGGCGCUCUCAUCUCACCCCAAGGUGUUGUCAACGAGUUCGUGGAUGUUCAGGCCAAUCAUGCAGAGGUCGCUCGUGAAGUAGCUCGCGAUGCCAUCACGCUCUUGAAGAACCAGGAUGGAUUGUUGCCUCUGUCUCUCAAUGGCACCCUGAAGAUAUUUGGCACCGAUGCUGAGAAGAACCCUGAUGGAAUCAACUCGUGUGCGGACCAAGGCUGCAACAAGGGCACGUUGGGAAUGGGUUGGGGCUCCGGCUCGGCGAGAUACCCUUAUAUGAACAGCCCAAUUGAUGGCUUCAAGACUCGCGGGGCCAACUACCAGUUCUUCAACACGGAUGCUUUUCCAGGAAACUCGAAUCCAUCACCGAACGACACUGCAGUUGUCUUCGUUACCGCUGAUUCUGGUGAGAACUACAUUACCGUAGAGAACAACCCCGGAGACCGGACCUCUUCAAACCUCAACUUGUGGCACAACGGUGACAAACUCAUCAAGGACGUAGCUGCCAAAUAUUCCAACGUUGUGGUUGUAGUACAUACCGUUGGCCCAAUCCUCAUGGAUCAAUGGCACGACCUGCCUUCCGUCAAAGCAGUCCUGUUCGCUCACCUGCCUGGUCAAGAAGCCGGAGACUCACUAAUGCAAGUCCUCUUCGGAGAUGUCUCUCCAUCCGGUCAUUUACCGUACACGCUACCAAACUCCGAAGAUGACUACCCAAAAUCUUUGAGUCUCGUCGGAUAUCAGAUUGGGCAGCCACAGGAUACCUUUACAGAGGGCCUGUACAUUGACUAUCGUCAUUUCCACAAAGCUAACAUUACACCCCGCUAUGCUUUCGGUCACGGUCUCAGCUACACCACUUUCUCGUUUUCCAACGCGACCAUUACGCCAGUGACUCCGCUUACAGCAACGCCUCCAGCUCGUCCCGCGAAAGGCGAAACACCCACCUAUUCCACUGCCAUUCCUCCAGCUUCAGAGGCAUACUGGCCAGCAAACUUCAACCGCAUCUGGCGAUACCUCUACUCCUGGCUCGAGAAGAACGAUGCCGACGCUGCAGCUAAGAUCGGCAACUCAACGACCAAGUAUCCAUACCCAGCCGGUUACUCGAACGAUCAGAAAGUUGGUCCUGUAGCUGGUGGCGCACAAGGCGGAAACCCCGCAUUAUUCGACACGGCAUUCGACAUCACCGUCAGCGUAACCAACACGGGUAACCGCAUGGGUAAAGCUGUCGCACAACUCUACGUCCAGUUCCCGAGUGAAGUCACUAUUGACACACCCGUUAUCCAACUCCGGGAUUUUGAAAAGACGAGGGAGUUGGAGGCUGGAGCUAGUCAGACGCUGAGCAUGAGAGUGACACGUAAGGAUCUCAGUGUUUGGGACGUUGUAUCACAGAACUGGGUUGUUCCUGCUGUGGAUGGAGACUAUGGGGUUUGGAUUGGUAGUGCGUCAGAUGAUUUGCAUGUGAGAUGUGGGACGGCGAGUGGAAGCUGUGAGGAGGAUCAGGAGAGUCCCGUGUAG